UCCACAUCUGAGCUACUUAAAAUGAACUUAACAAGCAUGUCGUCCGGGGCUGACACAAACGUGAGCUCCAUUGCUGCCGACGUCAUCACAAAUGUGUUCAACGUCACAGAACGAGUUGGUGGAGACCUCGUGAUUCGCUUCGCUACAACUCAUUGGAACGCGACCUUUGACCUAGCAAAAAGAAUGAUUAAUCACACUACAGAAGACAAAAGUGUCAUCAACGUCAUCAGAGCCGCGCAGGAUGUUGGCCUUUGUGACGUCAUCUUCAGCAACGUGACGUCAUCGGGUAACGUGACCACGACGGUUGCCAGCUAUGACCCUGCGGGGUGUGGGGUGUACGGCAGUAACCCGGACCUGCAGCCGCUCCUCAUCCUCAUCCUCGUCUGCAUCAUCCUGUGGGCCAUGUUCGGCAACAGCUGCCUCAUAGGCGUCAUCGCCACCAGCGAGAACAUGCAGGAACCGGGAAACAUUUUCCUGUGUGCCCUGGCCUUCACCGACAUUUCCCAGUCUCUGAUGUACACGCCGACCGCCAUCUACAGCUUAGUACACGGCGAACCGCCCGGUGCUCUGUGGUGCCGGACCCAAGCCUUCUUCGUCCCUUUCCUAUCCAUCCUGUCGGUCUUCUUACUGACCAGCCUCUGGAUCUGCCGGUACAUCCACAUCGUGUGGCCUCUGGAGUUCCAUUCGAUGCUGACACCGCGCCGCCUUGUCGUCGCCAUGGUCAUGUGCUUCCUGGUUGCCGUGACGCCACCGAUGGUCGGGCUGGCCCGAGUGGGGAAGGUCGUCACCUGGUCGGUGGACCUGGCUUCGGUGGACAUCCCCAAGCCCGCGAGCCUGAUGAUGCCGUGCACCUUCGGCGGGCCGGAGAGCGUCGUCGCCGUGAUGUUGUGCUUUCUCGGCGUGUUCGUCAGCUGCUGCUGCGCUGGCCUCAUCUACAGGGAAGUCAGAAGCAAGCACCUCCACCACGGCACGAAGGAGGCCUGGCUCGCCCAAGCAGACAGGCUCGAAGUCAAGCUGAAAGCCGUCAAGACGCUGGGGAUCGUGGUCCUUCUGCAGUGGGUGACGUGGGUGCCGAUACUCGUCGUCGGGAUGCUGAGUAAAGUUGGAGCCAUCUCCCUCACCUCGGCAGCCUUCUACGGAGACAUGUUUUACGUCAUGCUGCAGACCUCCACGUUUUCCGAUUCUCUGGUGUACGCCUUCCGUAACGAAAUCUACCGCAAAGCACUGGCCAAAAUUAAGCGCAAGAUGCGACUGAUGGUCAUCAACGGCUUUUACUAAGCUAUACACAAAAUGUCAAAAUGUGUUCUUAGAUCAUUUACCUGCAGAAUAAAGGGAGUUCCUAACUUUACACACUCGUAUAGCCACAACAGUGGUUGACCAAUCAGUAGCCCUCAUUUGAUAUUGAGUGGAUAUAGGACCCCAGCAGACUUUUAUGAUCGCGAAAUGAACCAUGUUGCGAAAAUUUCACAAACUUGUAUCAAUCAUUUUCAAGUACAUGUUCAUGUAUCGGAGUCUAACCAUAGGACAGCCGUUCUCGCAAAAGGUAGAGUAGACCACGUGAAUUCUCGGAGGGCAGCGGUUUUUACAAAACUGCACGAAUUCAUUUAAUGGUUAUAGUUCUAAUGAAUAUCACAAUCUAAAUUCUAUUAAAUAUUCUAUUUGUAUAUUAA